UUUGUUGCUGUGGGCGGUGGUUGCACAGGUGUACAUACACAUACAUAACAACGGAGCUGAACACGGAAGGUUUGGACAUUUCAGUGUAUGUGAGUUACACUUCAAUCAAGUACCCUUAGCACAUAUCCGCAGCCGCACCCACACCAGAUCCCAGGAGGCUGAGACCCAGCUGUGCCCGGGCCUCGCCCAUCUCGGAAAGGCCACGGCCCAGCGCGUCCGUUUCCCCCCUCCCUCCAGCCCAACUUUCGCGCCUCCCCGAGGGCGGGGGCUGCCGCCACCUUUCCGGAGAGCUCAGGCCAGGCCCUCCCCUGCGCGUCCGGCGGAGGCUGGGUGGGCGUCCUCAGCGCGGGCGGGGGGCUCGGGCCCCGCCCCGGCGCCACGCCCCGCCCCGGCGCCACGCCCCCGCGGCCCCACCCAGCCUCUCUGCUUCUGGCCUUCGGCCUCGGCAGCUGGAGGCUGCCGGCCGGCGAGGGCCGCGCGAUGUCGCACGGACCCGGGCUCGUCCGCACCACGUGCAGCAGCGGCAGCGCCCCGGGAGUCGGGGCCGGCGCGGGGCAGCUGGGCGCGAGCUCUUCGGAGGGGCUGCUGGACCCCGUCUACCCCCGCACCCACGGAGCGCUGCUGAAAGUGGCGCAGAUGAUCUCGCUGCUGAUCGCCUUCAUCUGCGUGAGGAGCUCUCUGUGGACCAGCUACAGUGCCUACAGCUACUUUGAAGUGGUCACCGUUUGCAACUUGAUCAUGAUUCUCGCCUUUUACCUGGUCCACCUCUUCCGCCUGUACCGCGUGCUCACCUGUAUCAGCUGGCCCCUGUCGGAACUCCUGCACUAUUUAAUCGGUACCCUGCUCCUCCUAAUCGCGUCCAUCGUGGCAGCUUCCAAGAGUUACAGCCAGAGCCGACUGGUGGCUGGAGCGAUCUUCGGUUUCCUGGCCACCUUCCUCUGCCUGGCGAGCGUGUGGCUGUCCUACAAGAUCUCGUGCGUGACCCAGUCAACAGAUGCCGCCGUCUGAUACCCUAACAGCCCGCCAGCCCUGUAGGAGGCGCUGCAGGACGUGUGACCCACGCGGAUGGAGGGGCUUGAGCCGGCGGCCGCAGGAGAGACCGGGGUCUGGGUCCCCGGGCCGGUCGGUGCGGGAGGGGCCCUUCCUCCGGCUCCUGAGCGGGUCCAGCCUCUCACGCCAGCCUUCUUCACUUCCUCAGAGAAUAUUCCUCCCCGUCCGGGAAAGAAAAGCAGCCUCCAGGGAAAUAUGAUCUCUCCCUCCUUCUUUAGGACCGCCUCAGGGACUGAUGCCCCCCUCCCCCCGUUAAGGUGAAGGGGGUGGUUUUUGAAUAUUCCUGCCGAACCCUUCCCCUCUCCCCAGCCCUCGGGGAGGGGCGCUGCCUAAAAUCCUCUUGUGAAAACACAGCCACCUCCUAAUUUAUCUCGCUUGGAAAUCUGGUCUUGAAGGUACCCUCUUUCUUAAAGUGAGGCUUAUGGGAGCACCAUGCAGUCAGCCUGUCCCCAAAUAGGAGAUCUCGGUUCCUUUCCUUUUGUUACCAUUGUGUACGUGUUUGUAUGUUUUUAAAUAAAAUGUUGACUUGGCCAAUUGCA